GAAAUAGUCAAACGCAACGCGGAGUCAGUGUGACAAAGUGCGUCGUGCGCAGCGGCAGCGUUUUUCCUUUUCCCCUUACCAAUACACAUAGAGAAAAACGCAAGAAAAUCGAAUAGCUCGUAUUGUAUCUGUGUGUGAGUGCGGGCAGUGAAAUUUACAGAUACAUCUGCGUGUGUGCAACUGUAGCCACAUGUGUGUUCGUUGGCAGGAAAACCAUGCAUUCACAGUGAAGUUUUAAAUAACAAAUUUUGGAACGAAACUCCUCAACCAAUUUAACUGAGACAAAAAUAAUCAAAUAAAUACAAACAAACAGCAUGGAAAACCUGCAUCAGGAAAAUGGCUUGGAAAGGAGUACCAGUCAGAGCUCGACUUCAUCAGCGAAUCCUGCGAAUACCGCGAAUCCUGCGACUCCUUUGGAGGAAUGCGGCUGUGUGCGCCUGGGCAAAUGCAAAUGGUUCAACGUGGCCAAAGGAUGGGGCUUUCUUACCCCCAACGACGGCGGCCAAGAGGUGUUCGUACAUCAAAGCGUCAUCCAGAUGUCCGGCUUCCGAUCGCUGGGCGAGCAGGAGGAGGUUGAGUUCGAGUGCCAGCGCACGUCCCGCGGACUGGAGGCCACCAGGGUGUCGGGGAAGCAGGGCGAGAACUGCCACGGCAGCACCUACAGGCCACGCAUAAAUCGCCGCACUCGCCGCAUGCGCUGCUACAACUGCGGCGAAUUCGCCAACCACAUUGCCUCCGAAUGCGCUUUGGGUCCCCAGCCGAAGCGCUGUCAUCGCUGCCGGGGUGAAGACCAUCUCCAUGCCGACUGCCCGCACCGCAAUGUGAACCAAGCCCACAGCGACCAGAGCAGCAGCAGUGGAGCUCCGGAGAAAAGCGAGGAGGCCACCUGAGAAAUCUAAAGCGAUCCGUGGACAGCGGAUUGGUAGUUGGAAGUUACAAACUUCUUUGACAAGUACAAAAUGGUAAUCUAAAAAAACACGCAUCAAAUCAAAGAAACCCACGUACAACAAAACUAGCUGCUACUCUUAGUUAUAAGAGGGGGUAAAAAAAAACAAAGCACCCCAAAAAAUAAGUUUAGGCUUAGGUUUAUCCUUUAAUUGUAUACUACCAAUAAGGCUUUUGACUAAAGUACAAUUAAAUGAAUUAAGCUAAAGAAAGAGAGCAUCCCUUCGUCUGCUAACCAAAGUCAGAGCUUUUGCACCCUUGGGGCCGAGCUUAAAGCUCUUGGUUGAUAAGGAAGUCCUGCUCGCGAGUCACGUGGCCACUGACAACAUUGGAGCUUUCCUUGGGGCAACAACAGAAUCACCAUGAAAACGCAGAAUCACUGUAAGCUGGAAACCUAAGUUCUGAAACCUAAAACCCACCCCCCGGUGCCAAGCCGCCACCCCCUGAAAGUGAAACAGAGUGAGCAGCAACAACAAACAGAUUGGGCGAGGACAUGGCCGGAAGGAGAGUAGAAAGUCGAGAGUCUUGCUCUCUCUCUCACUCUCUGCUUUUUUUUUUUUUUUUUGACUGUUGGCCCUUUGGCUGUUUUUGUUGUGGUUUGGACGGUUCGCCAUCAGUUUGCAACAUUGUUCGGGCUCGCUCGUUGGCUCUCGCUGUCGCGCUUUUGUGUCCUUCGCAAGGAAGCAGGAGCGGGAUGCCCAAAAGGAUGCAUCGCUUAUGCGGGACCCUAAAGCCAGCGUCGAGCUCAGUCUCAGUUGAUCUCUGCCAGAGAAUUGUUGUGUGCAACGCGGCGGAAUUUACAUUUACAACAUUUUAACACAGAUUUAAAGGACCCAAUUUAAUGGAAAGCUAAAUCAAAUCAGCAACUUAAACCAAAAACAAUAACUUAGACAACUAAAAGAAUUUCAACAAAGUUAACAAAGCGUUUCAGCAACAAAUUUUCAAUAACCAAUAAAUACAAUUAAAAAACUUACAAAACUUAUUAAUAAAAAAAAAAAAAAAUAAAAAAACAGGAAACCCGAAAACAUUUGUACCAUUUUUUUUUGCA